CCAAUUUCUUCAUCGCAUCACUCGCAGACUUUCUACAUUUCUGACCACGAAGCCACUUUACUAGGAUAUACCUCAUUUAUCUAAAUUAUUAUAACGAUUUCACCAACCAUGCCUUCAGUCUACAGCACACUCUUUUUAGCUUCUCUUCCUUUCACCCUCGCUUUCAGCGCAGAGCGUAGACAAGCUCUCCCUGCGGACUUCUCUAGCUUGCCAAGCUGUGGUCAAAACUGUCUUAUUACAGCUGCGACCUCCGGCAGCUCAGGCUGUCCGUUGACCGAUUUCAAGUGCCUUGCUAACAGUGGCACUUUCAAGGACUCUGUCACUAAGUGUGCACUAAGCUCUUGCUCGCCAUCAGACCAAAUCGCAAUGGCGAACUGGGCGGUCAAGACUUCUGCCUCCCUUGGAAUUUCACUUGAUCUUUCUCAAGCAGCUGCUGCUGCUGGGGUCAAUAUUGGAAACAAGCAAACCCCUGCCCCAGAGAAACCUUCAUCUGAUGACACCACUGAAGCGAAACCGGCUCCUGCUAAGAAAGCCCCUACCACUGACAAACCCAAAGACGACAAACCCAAAGAUGACAAACCGAAAGACCAGCCAACUUCUGACAGCUCGAACCAACCAUCACCCGAUCCCGUUGCUCCUACUGCUAACGAUGGCUAUACAGCUACUUCAAAGGACACCCAAUCCAGUGUGACUGCCGCUCCCGCCGGAAGUGCUACUCAAGCUAGUACUAACGCCACCAUCAGCACUUCGUCCUACCCUACCGCUGCUGUUGGCAGUAACCCCACUGCCUCGUCCACGACUAAUAAUGCCACUGAUACCGGUAACACACCCUCUGCAUCGAACCAGACGGAAUCCCAGACUAGUGGCUCGUCUCUUUCGGUCACUGUUGACAUUCUGUCACUCACUCUUGUGACUGUAUUUGUCUCAUCUUUCCUUUGAGGUUUAAUUUUCUUUUGAUGUUACUCCAUCUUCCCUUUGUGGUAUCUGCUCCCUUGACUGUCAGAACGAUAUAGAUGUAUGCCAGUGGCCUUGUCUAUUCUCUGACUCGCGUUUCUCGCACUGAACUAUAUGUCGCCAGUUGCAGUCAUUGUUAUCAUUCAAAUUUAUUAUUUUUCACUUCGACGCAUGCAAGCAAUGAGCCUAUCUUUUGACCUAACUUGUGUCUUCAAGCCUAAAUGAGAGCUUACAUGUCUUCAUUGCUUACCUCAGACUCACACGGAGAAAAACGCAGAUUUUCAGAUUGUUUACUAAUUUACAGCGGCGACGUUUGGGUUCACAAAAACUUAUCAGACAUGAGGCAUCCUUGAAUUUCAUGAAGUUCAGAAAACCACAU